GGUUUCAGUCUUCAGCUUCUGUUUUGCUACCAGCAUGGGAAUCCACGGUUUAGCCAAACUGAUUGCAGAUGUUGCUCCUGGUGCUAUUCGAGAAAAUGACAUAAAGAGUUAUUUUGGCCGGAAAGUGGCUAUUGAUGCUUCUAUGAGUAUUUACCAGUUCCUUAUUGCUGUGCGGCAGGGAGCUGAUAUGCUGCAGAAUGAGGAAGGUGAGACCACCAGCCACCUAAUGGGCAUGUUCUACCGUACCAUCCGCAUGGUGGAAAAUGGCAUCAAGCCUGUGUAUGUCUUUGAUGGCAAACCUCCACAGCUAAAAUCGGGUGAACUGGCUAAGCGCACUGAGCGCCGAGCUGAAGCAGAGAAGCAGUUGGAAGAGGCCAAAGAGGCAGGAGAAGAUGAAAACGUAGAAAAGUUCAGCAAGAGGCUAGUUAAGGUGACCAAGCAACAUAAUGAUGAGUGCAAGAAACUGCUGACACUGAUGGGCAUCCCGUAUGUAGAGGCACCUGGCGAGGCUGAAGCUAGCUGUGCUGCCCUGGUAAAAGCUAAUAAGGUCUAUGCAGCAGCCACUGAAGAUAUGGACUGUUUGACCUUUGGUAGCCCUGUGCUGAUGCGACAUCUUACUGCCAGUGAGGCUAAGAAGCUUCCCAUUCAGGAAUUCCACCUGAGCCGUAUCCUUCAAGACAUGGGCCUGACUCAGCAGGAGUUUGUUGACCUCUGCAUAUUGCUAGGUUGUGACUACUGUGAAAGUAUCCGUGGCAUUGGGCCCAAGCGUGCCGUGGAGCUCAUCAAGCAGCACAAGAGCAUAGAAAAAAUUGUACGGCAAAUCGAUGCCAAGAAGUACUCCCUGCCAGAGAACUGGCUGCACAGGGAGGCCCAACAGCUUUUCUUGGAGCCUGAAGUUGUAGACCCAGAAGCUGUGGAGCUGAAGUGGAGUGAGCCCAAUGAGGAGGGGCUCAUCAGCUUCCUGUGCGGAGAAAAGCAAUUCAGUGAAGAAAGGAUCCGUAACGGGGUCAAGAGACUGAGCAAGAGUCGCCAGGGUAGCACUCAGGGGCGACUGGAUGACUUCUUUAAGGUUACUGGCUCAAUAACUUCAGCCAAGCGCAAAGAGCCAGAGCCCAAAGGAUCUGCCAAGAAAAAGGCAAAGGGUGGUGGUGCAGCAGCAGCAGCAAAGUUAAAAAGAAGAAAAUAACUUUUUUAAUUGUGUCAUUUCCUUUUAACUCCAAAUCCUAUUGGGAAGAAAGUAUACUAAACUGCAAAUGAAGGGCUGUUUGAUGACCUGCUGUAUCUCUAUGAUGUUUAAAAACUAUACAUAGUUCUUACCAGACCCUCAGCCUGACUUGGUACACGGAGGGCAGUGCUCUCAAUGGUAAGAACUUCAUGUUGCUAAUCAGUAGUCACAGAUGCCACUUCCCUGGUGGUUGGGAAUGCUGCAGAGAAUGAGGCUACCACAGACUCGAUUCCCAUGAGUCAGUCAUGCUUACUCCAUUCUUACUAGUUGUACCGUGCCAGGGAAUGGCUUUAGUUUUGGUUAUAGCUUUGAAUACAUACUGAUGAAUAUACCCUUUCUUCUAUUUAUGUAUACCUUGUUGCUUUCAAAAUGAAUUUUGUGAACUGGAUAUGUAGGGCUGCUAUUCAGUGUUGAAUCAAUAAGAUCAGCAAACAAGAUGGCUUCCGACUGAACAAAUCUAAAAGCUGCAUUUCCAUUUUGGGUCAUUGUGUCCUCAGUUAUGAUUGAUGCAGAGAUCAUGCUGGGUUGGAUCCAGGUAUCAAUCAGUGGAAGGCACUAAAGUCAUGAAUCUGUGUUGCCCUCCCCCCAGCUAUUCUUUCUGAC